CUGACUUUAAGCUGGCAGAUCGCCUCGAGCACCAAAAACUUCGGUAUCGAUCGAUCUAUCGUCACCAAAGUUAAUGCUGCUGGUAUUCCAAAACCUUCAAACGAUGCUGCUGAUAAAGAUCGUCGUCACUGGAUUCCUCUCCUCGCUACUACUACUGCUUAGAACCGAAGCGUCCGAUGAUGAUCGCCAACACCACUUUGUUCUCGUCCAUGGAGCCGGGCAUGGCGCUUGGUGCUGGUACAAAGUCACAAACCUCCUCCAUAAGGCCGGACACAAGGUGGACGCCAUCGAUCUCUUGAGCGCCGGGAUCAGCAGCUUCGAUCCCACCAGGGUUGGAACUCUUGUCAGAUAUACGUCUCCACUGGUGGAUUUCCUGGAGCAGCUGCCUCACAACAGCACGGUCGUGCUGGUCGGGCACAGCCUUGGAGGCGCGAGCCUCACGUACGCGCUGGAGAAAUUCCCGGAAAAGAUUGUUGCGGCGAUCUACGUCGCGGGGCUGAUGCUUCCCAGUGGACCCGCUGGCACCGCGCUCAACAACCAGCUCCAGGGAAGACUGCCAGUGCCCGGCCCUGCAGGAACCGUGCCUCUGGCAAUCCCAUUCCAGCUCGAUCUCGUCCAAAAUCUCCUCUACAAUCUCUCGCCGCCUGAGGUAGGACGAAACGAAACCCCCCAUCUUCCAAGAAACCCCGAACUAUUUCCUGGAUUUCAUCCAAUCGAUAUAUCUGACCGAUCGAUCGAUGCGCAGAACGUGGAGCUGGCGAAAUCCCUCCUCAAGCCCGUACCAGUGCUGGAUCCCGCCGUGAAUUUCACGCAGGCGCGCUACGGCAGCGUCCCGCGCUACUUCAUCAAGACCGAUCACGACAAUGUCGUGCUGCCCCAGGACCAAGAUUUGCUCAUACGUACCACUCCCCCCAUCGGCGUCUUCAGGAUCUCCUCGGAUCACACACCCUUCUUCUCGAAUCCCAGCGGUCUCGCGAGCCUUUUGGACCGCAUCGCAAGAACGCUUCCAUGAUCCAUUAACCCUUUCCAUCUUCUUACUAACCUGCUUAAGCAAAGUUGACAUGGCCGAGUUGGUCUAAGGCGCCAGAUUAAGGUUCUGGUCCGCAAGGGCGUGGGUUCGAA